AAAAGGAUUUGCCAAAUUCAUAUUCACAGACAUUUCAUAAGUCACGAAACAAACUCUCUAAAAUGAUUUGGCACAAAGAGGUUGUCUAAACACUUUCAAUAAGUUGAUAUUCUAUUUAAAGUUUAACACAGAAACUAUAAAAUGAAUUUUCUGUCGAAUGGAACAGUAGUCAAGACAUUGCAUGGAUAUAUUUGAAAUAUAAAUCAACCAAUCAAAAUAAUAAAAUGGAUGGUGAAAAUAUGAUUGUAACAAUCAAGGAAUUUACUGAAAAUACCUCAGCACAUGGAUGUGGUCAAAUUCCAACAUCAAAAUUUAAAUUUACGAAAUUUCUGUGGGGACUCAUAUUUGUGGGUUUCUUCUUGUUCGCGACAAUAAGUUCUGUAAAUUUAAUAACUAUUUUCUUCACAUUUCCAACAAAAGAUGUAGUUUCUGUCAACUUUGAGGAUAUUGAGUUUCCUGCCAUGACAUUCUGCACCCAGGAAGCUGUCACGGCAACAAGCCUAAUUAAUUUCAUCGAUAAUCCAACACACCGUAAUAAGGCUGUUGAAGGAGUUGUGUCAACCAUGACACUUUUCCAAGACUUUCUUGUUUACCCCAACAUUGGUGGAUUGGGCAAUUGGUAUUUUCAAUACAGCUACAGAUUUCUGUCAAACCAGUUUAUCUAUGAGAAUAUUGACCAAAAAGAUAUAAAAACAUUUCAACAUGAUCUCCAAAGCUUAAAAAUAAGUUGUACAUUCAGAGGUGAGCCCUGUGAAGAAUCUGCCUUUGUUGUGCAUCAAGACGGAGGAUUUCAGCAUUGUGUCACAUUUAACGGUGCAGGAGCACAAUCAAAUAAUAUGAAAGUCACGAAAACUGGCCCAACGUCAGGUCUUAGUUUGAUCCUAUUUGUGGAUGCGUAUACUUCAAAGAGGGACUUAUCAGGAUACACUCUAUACAACCCAUUUGAUCCAACAAGCGGACAAUCUGGAAUCAGGGCCAUUAUUCAUAGUCCAAAAACCAGGCCUAUGCCAUUUGAAAAAGGCUUCGAUGUCCCAACUGGUUUUUCUACAUCAGUUGCUCUCAAAGAAACUAAGCGAGAGUUGAUGACUGAACCGCAUGGUAACUGUACAACAGCUAAAUUCAACAAAGGUACAAAUUAUGCAUACUCCGAGGAUACAUGUUUGGAACAAUGUAAACAGGAACUUCUCAUAGAAGACUGUGGGUGUAUGAGUUCUAUGUUGCCAACACCAUCUGGUGAAUUGAAGCCUCAAUACUGUGGAAAAGUAAAUAUCACAAAUAUGUUACAUAUGAUGUUUCAUAAAUUAGAUGAGACUAUGCAGGCCAUUGCUGAGAAGGAGCUCGAAACACUUGGUUGUGAAGCUAAGCUGAUGGAGUCACUUGGUAACCCCGAGGUCCUGAACAAAUGUGAAUGCAAAGAACCAUGUAUGAAUACCAACUAUGUGAAGACAAUAUCCCAAGCAGUUUGGCCUAGCAACUAUAACCAAAGGAAAUUCUUUAAAGAGUCCAUUAACAUGAGUGAUCCUAUGCAUAGAGCAACGAUUCUAUUUGAAGGACUUGAAAUAGAUGAAAUCACAGAGGGUGAAAAAGAGAUGAUACAGAACAAUUUUCUCAGGUUCAAUGUGUACUUUGAGAGCCUUCAAGUUGAAACAACGUCCCAAGUCGAAGAUUACCCAGCUUCGACAUUAAUAUCUGAAAUUGGUGGAAACAUGGGCUUCUAUGUUGGAAUAUCAAUUAUAACACUAAUGGAGAUGUUGACCCUGACUGGUGCCAUCAUUCUUUACUGUUUUAAGGAUUUUAUUAUAAAAUGUGGACAAAGCAAUAAAACUAAAGUAUCAGAUGUUAAUAUUAAACAAGUCAAAGCUUAUGAUAGCCAUAUGGAUGAAGAAAAAUUUUAAUGCAUAAAUUCAUGGUUAAAGAAGCCCAGGACUUUACAAAUUGUAGAUGGUUUAAGCCACAUGUAUGUCUUGUAUCAAGGCUUUAAAUGAGGGCAGCAGCCCGAAUUCAGAGUCUAUAGUAGAAUAUGAGACAAGAGUGUUUUACAUUUUGUAUUGGGGGUUUUACACACUUUCUUUUCAGGUUGGAUUAUGAUUUGGGAUAGUUGGGGUUUGUUUUCUACUCAGGUGUUUUCUCCUUGCUGUGCUCUAUAACCGUGUAUGGUACUUUACCUUUGGCACUUUCGCAUACAAAACUUUUUUUGUAGGGAUUCUGUAAGGUUUGACCAUUUGACCUGCAUCAUAAAGCACAUGCUUAUGAAACUACUUUUGGGUUUUCACUUAGCUGGCAACUUGAAAAUAUAAAAUUGAUAAGGGAUAUCAAUUUCAUUGAAUCUAAAAUCAGCCAUGCACUCUGUUAUAAAAUUAAAAAUGCAUAUUAUUUGAAAGAUUGUGUUCCUUUUGGCUGGGAUUUUAUGUAGCAUACCCUGGAGCAUAUAUAUAUUGUUGCAUUGUAUUUUUUUUUACUGCAAUACCUCUUGGGUAUACCCUGUAUAUGUAUGUGCACUCAUAUAUAGACAUACAAGUACAAACCACAGCCUUUUUACAAGUCAUGGACCAUCCAGUUAAACACCUUGAAGUAUUUUAUGGACAUCUGGGGAUCAAAUCCGAGACCUAUGCGUAAUUGGUAAACGCUCUACAGCUGAGCUAUAUGGGUGGACUCUCCGACUAAUAGCUAUGAGCAAAUUCGAAAUGCUGCUGAUUUUCAUUACUUAAUAUCUCACUGUUUCAAAGACUAAAUAUUAGCUUGGGAAAUGUUUUCAAAAACUGAAGGGUUGAAGUACAGUAAUACCAGAGUAAAGUGGAAAGCCUUUGCAUAGGCGUAGCCAGGGGGGUUGCAAUCACAUCCCCCGAUAACCAAUACAAAUAAUACCAUGGGAAAGAAGAAGAAAGUGGCAUUAAAAUGCUUUUUAUUUGAAGCUUCUAGCUCAAUUUUGAAGGAAGUUUCAUUUUUGUAAAAUUCAAAAUAAAUAUUAUUUUUUGGCUUGUUUAUGCCACAAUCGCAGCCCCCUGGCUGGAAACCGAAAUCUUUUUGGAGAUUGCACCCCCCCUGCAUGAAAGCUGAAUACUGCCCUGCUUUGGUUCCACAA